GGCAGAUAAUUUCGCGGACAGAGAGAAACACAGAAUACGGUAUAAAGCAUCGUGUGGAAGACUCGUCAAUGUCAUCGUGGUUGAUAACGGACAGGACACGAGCAAGUGGCGGAUGCCUAUUCGCUACUAGCCUUCUUUCUAGUAUAGCUUUUGUCAAUCCGUGUGAGCCACCAAGUUCUUGCCAAGUUCUUGCCGUGCGAAACCAGUCUACCUUUCACCUGGCAUUAACCAUCGAAAUAUCUCAAGAACAGCUCAAGCUUGGGCUAGGAGGCUUAACUGGAGGUUAGAUUGCAAGGCUUCUCGCAGUCCUAAGUUAGAUUUCCCUCCAUCCAGAUGAUCGUUUACCUUCAAGUUGCUAU